AUGGCGGAGGAACUAAUUGAUCGUUGUACGAGACUAAAAAUUACGGAUGAUGAAAACGCAAUCAUUGAUCUUGGGACUGAUGUUCCUGCUGAGAUGGAUGAUAAGUUAUCGCUGCGGUUGGUGGGGAAAUUGUUGACAAAUAGGGCUUUUAAUGUGGAAGCUUUUAAGCGGACGAUAACCCAAUCAUGGGGUGUGCAGAAGAAAGUCAUAAUUAAAGCCAUCGAAACAAAUCUGUUUGUAUUUCAAUUUUUCCAUUGGCGUGACAAAGAAAAGGUUUUGGCGGGAUGCCCCUGGUAUUCUGACCAACAUCUUCUGGUACUGAAUGAAAUUACGGGUGAUGAGCAACCUGCUGAGGUUUCUCUUUCGUUUUCGCCAUUCUGGGUACGUAUACAUAACCUUCCUUUUAACUGUCGGUCGAAUGAGGACAUUAAAGCUAUUGCUUCAUCUAUGGGGAUUGUGUUGGAAGUUGAAACUGAUGAAUUAGGGCUGGAGAAGUUUUGUAGGGUGCGUUUUGUUGAUGGAUGUCAGUAA